AUGAAAGAAUUUGAAUUGAAAGAUCUUGGGAAAAUAAAAUUUUGCCUUGAAUUACAAAUAGAGUACUUAAGGGAAGACGAGGAGAUUCUUAGCCUUGAUGUGUCAUACUUAAGCGCAAUUGGAGCCCUGAUGUAUCUAGCUAAUAAUAAAAAACAUGAUAUUGCUUUCGCUGUUGAUUUAUUAGCUAGGUAUAGUAAUUCACCAACAAAGAGACAUUGGAGUGGGAUAAAACAUUUAUUGUGCUACCUUCGAGGAACUAAAGAUCUCGCAUUAUUUUAUCGAUCAAAGCAAGAUGCUACUCUUGUUGGAUACCAAAAUGCUGGAUACUUAUCAGAUCCAAAUAAGGCUAAAUCACAAAAUGGAUAUGUAUUCACAUAUGAAGGUACCACAAGAUCUUGGAGAUUCACAUAUGAAACAAGUAGAGAAUGCGUCUAG